AUGGAAGGUCUCGCAGCCACUGCCACCACUGCCUCUCGAUAUGGGGUCAGUGUCUGCUGGAUGAAUGACACCAAGAAAGCGUACCUUUCUCUGGACGCACCACGGGCGACUUCUGGCAGUGUUAAAGGCACGAAACUUCUAGACUUUACGAGCGAUACUGUCUGGGCAUUACGGACAGACGGACAUGGUCGUAGUCAGAUCUACACGCAGAAGGCUUACCAGGAUCCGCAGGCCGGUACUUUGCGCCAGGUGUGGUUUCUCUCGGCCACGGACAAUGAAAAGGGCGUCUGUGCCCGCAGACUCCCCAACAAAAGCGAGGAUGAAGCGAAGUACAAGGAAGCUCAGAAGCUCACACACUGGGUGGUAUCGGUCAUGGCAAAGCCGGUAGAGGAUGCCAAUACCAAGGCCCCGGUCAGCGCCCUUUGCUCCGUCUGCUAUCAGACCCGAGAUGGAAGUCAGAAGCUUGCUCUAAAGAUGGACGAGAAACAGCAGCUUACGCUUACUGCGCCUUCACUUGCAUUUAAGUUCGACACCUGGCUCUUCGAGAUACAGUCCCUAGGGCCUCUUCCGUUCCACUACAGCAGGACACCAUGGACCAUCCAUACAUCACACCGGGUAAGCGGGAAAAAGCAUCCACAGUUGUACGAUGAUGCUAACAGUCAGCAGAAUGAAAAAAAUAGAGCCAUUUUCGACGACCCUCUGGCCACCAGCACGGGGUACAAGUGGACUAUUGAGCCGGCUCUAGAUGAUCGGUUCUUGGAGCUGGUUACAACCUCAGGAAACGACGAAGGAACAAUCCGACUGAAAGAGGGUGCUGAGCCAAAAAUCAUGUCCAAGACUUCGUACACGGUGAAAUGCACCUUGAUGGUGAACGGCACGCCUCAUGGACAACAGCAGGCAACAGUGGAAAUCGAGGUAGUCUAG